AUGCUCGACACAUUCGCAUUGACAUCUGCAGAUGUGCUUGUUAGUCCACUUUCAGUGUUGCCCCGGUUCUUAGAUCUUUCAUCAGGCCAGGUUGCUGAUUUGUACCUUACGGUUCGUCGUGUUGCCGCCGGCCUUAAUGCUCAUUACAACGCACCAGGACUCACCAUAUCUCUUCAGGACGGCGAUGUGGCUGGACAAAGUGUUCCAGUAGGCUUUUGUAUCAUUCAUUAUUCAUUAUCUUUCAUCUUCUCAUAUAAUCUAAAUAUCAUUUUUUUUUCGUUCGCCUCACUUUGA